AUGACACACAACAGGAGCGGGGCUGUUCGAAGGAAAGUCGUUCAACACGACUUUUAUGAUUCAGCUGACCAGGUUGGUGGAGUGGUGUUGCUGAACAACCCUACCAACGGCUCCUGGGAAUAUGAUGAGUACCUUCGGCUGCUCACAACCAAAAGGUACUCUCGUAUUCCUUCGUGGGAAGCACAUUCCACUGCGCAGUGCUACUUUGUCUGCGCUGACGGUGUAUAUCCUAAACUUCAGUCAUACGUCAAGGAGCGGCAGGUGAGCCAUCCGCAUCUUCGGUUGUUUCAAUUUUUUCCUCUAUGUGAUGCUGUCAUCGGUGAUAUGGACUCUUAUGUCACUUCUUACGAAAAGGAUGGUUGUGAAAGGCCUUCAUCAACUCCAGAGGGCGGUUACGGCACUGUGGACGAUAUCCCUGUUGAGGUACUGGACACGAUCCAUCACAGGUGCCGCUCUGCGGCCGCGCUUUUUCGGGAGGUGGAUGGGAGUGUGCCGGACACGCCACUGAAUGGAUGGAAAAUGUUGCAUGAAGAGCAUUCCCACCCGUUACUUCGUCCGCUUUGGCUGCAUAUCCAGUGCCAGAUUACGACGGACUUCAAAAAGGCGCUGACACUCCUGAAACGGCUGCGCAAGCGGUACCCUGACGAGAACGCUGUCGUGUUACCUCCUGUUCUGCGUUCACCUGGUGCCGCGCGUAUACUGGAAACCGGUGGCGGUGUUGUGGACCAAAGAAACUGCGGGUGCGACAACGACCCGAUCCAGGAGCGUGAGCUGUGCGUUGCGGCCAGCCAGGUUGAAGCAUUACUUCUGCCCACCGUUGUCGCUGUCGGUGCCUUCGGUGGUCGCUUUGACCACGAGGUGGGAGCCAUCUCUACGAUGCUUUCUGAGAGUCAUGAUGCACAUAUAGUGCUUAUAAAUUUGUUUAAUACGGUGUUUGCGUGUCAGGGAGGUGGGUGGACACAGAUUGUGCGGCAACCCGAGUAUGAAGACAAGACUUGCGGUCUUGUAAACUACGGAAGAAUGACUGAGUGCGAGACGAGUGGUUUGCUCUGGAAUGUUGUGAAGGGCAGGGGGAGGCCAAGUGUUACAAACGAUUUCGUUUUCGACUUUGGGGCGUUUAUUUCCGUCUGCAACAUUGUUCGCCGCGAAGUUAUAACGGUUGAUUUGCGGUGCCUUUUAACGAGUGUGGGGGAGUCACCUGCGGAUGCGACGACCGCUACAGGCGCUUCUGAUUGCGAAGCGCAACGCGGUCGUGGCCCACCUGUAGUGUUCUCCAUACUUCGGCGGCAAAAAAAGGAGGGGGGCUAG